UUUCUUUCUUGUGACGCCUCCACAUUUUCCAGCCAUCUGUCCCUGACAAAAAAGAUAAGGAUUACUCAUUUUCUCUCUCUCUGCAUUUUUUUCUUUUUUUUGUCCUCCUCUCUCUUGUGUCUUUGCAGCUUUUUUUCCCUCCGUUUUCGCAGGUGGACUGUGAGCUGAGCUGAACUUUGCAGCUUCCAAACUUCUGAGGAGAGAACGAGAGAGGAGAAAGACAAAGACAAUAAGACGGAGAGGAGGCAGAGGAAGGAGGGAAGGUGAAUCUUAAACAGAAGACGACUUUUCUUUCAUCAACCAGGACUGAAUUUUUUUGGUUAGACACUUUCAGACAAAACUCGACUUUCUUCAUUUUUUCUGACUCCGCCUGAGCAUCCACAUCCGGCAGCAUCACCAAAUCCAGCCUGGCAGCCAGUCAGGUGACUCCUGCCAUCAUGUCUGUCUUACCUCUGCUCAGCUGGACCGUCCUGCUGCUGGUCCAGAACUGCGGCUCGUUCUUGGACCCGGCGUCCAAACUUCAGCCUCUGCCGCUCUCACUGACCAUCCAUCCUCACCACCAGCCGCUGCCGGAUGCUGCCUCCAGCUCCCACUGCCCCUCCUGCGCCCUGGCCAGGAUGAGGAGAAAUGAAGGGGGCACGUCGGACGACAUGGUGGCGCAUGACCAAGAAGACGAGGCGGCCCAGCAGGAUGUGGUGGAAGCGGUGAAGAGGCACAUCCUCAACAUGCUGCACCUCCAAGCCCGGCCGAACAUCACGCGGCCUGUGCCGCGCGCCGCGCUCCUCAACGCCCUGCGCAAGCUCCACGUGGGGCGAGUGGCAGAGGACGGCAGUGUGCAGAUCGAGGGGGAGGAGGAGGCGCGAGGGCGGGGAGGUCGAGGAGGAGGGGGAGGAGCGGCCGCGGCAGCAGUUCGGACAGGAGACAGCGCAGACGCGCAGGAGACGACGGAGAUCAUCACCUUUGCUGAGGCUGGUGACUCUCAGGGAAUGGUGAACUUCGUCCUCUCUAAAGAAGGAAGUGAUCUCUCUCUGGUGGAGCAGGCAAAUGUCUGGCUGUUCCUCCGUUUGGCGAAGACAAACCGCAGCCGUGCAAAAGUCACCAUCCGCCUCUUCCAGCAGCGCCGGCUACCCAAUGGACGCUCGUCUUUGCCGCAAGAUGACAUUCUCCUGGCGGAGAAAACUGUGGACACACGUCGCAGUGGCUGGCACACCUUCCCGGUGUCAGCGGCGGUGCAGGCACUGCUGGAGAGUGCGGAGAGCACGACGCUGAGCCUCAGGGUCUCCUGCCUGCUCUGCGCAGAUGCUGGUGCAACGCUGGUCCUGGUCUCCAGUGGCUCUGAGACAUCACAGCGUGCCAACCAGCGGGAACAAUCCCACCGGCCCUUCCUCAUGGCCGUGGUUCGGCAGGAGGACACCAGUGACUCGCGGCGGCGCAGGAAGCGUGGGCUGGAGUGUGACGGGAAAGUCCGUGUCUGUUGCAAACGGCAGUUCUACGUCAACUUCAAAGACAUUGGCUGGAACGACUGGAUAAUUGCACCCCCCGGUUACCACGCCAACUACUGUGAGGGGGAGUGCCCGUCCCAUGUGGCGAGUAUUACCGGGUCCACGUUGUCCUUCCACUCCACUGUCAUCAGCCACUAUCGCAUGAGGGGCUACAGCCCCUUCCAGAACCUGAGGUCAUGCUGCGUUCCCACUCGGCUACGAGCCAUGUCCAUGCUCUACUACAACGAGGAGCAGAAGAUCAUCAAGAAGGACAUCCAGAACAUGAUCGUGGAGGAGUGCGGCUGCUCGUAAAUACUAAAAUCUGAGCCGGGUCGAUCCGGAAUGAACUGGACUGGAGAGGUGCAGACAGGUGGAGGACUGUAGAACCCAGAGAGAGAGAGAGAUGCUGGGAGGAGAUGGAGGAAGGAGAGGAAGAUGAGCAGGUGACUUUGUGAGCAUUGUCACUUUUAUCUCCAGCAUUUCAUUCUUCACCUCCUCCCUCCAUCCGCCCAUCACUUGGGGUCGCUCUCUUGGAACAAAAACUUGUCUCCGUCCUCAUCCAGCAGAACUCAGAAAGAGUCUCAAAGGCACUUUCAGAAAAAAAAAGAAAAAAGAUAGAAAAAAAGAAUAUCUAAUAUAUUUUUGUUACAAAAGGAGGGAGCGAGGCUUAUUUAUGUGGCUGAGACGUUCAAGCACCACUCGACCUGUCAGACCGUGGAGAGACGAGGUGCCUGAAAAACUACUAACAAAAUCUCAAAACUAUGCAACUUGUUUCACGUAUUACAAUCUUAUUUUACUUUGUCUCAUCUUUGUUUCCCAUCUGUUUACUUUUUUCAAAAUGUAUGCAGAGGACAGAAGAAGACACUUUUGUAUUAUUUUUUUGGAAGUUUAAAUUUGUGAUGUGUGUGUGUGUGUGUGUGUGUGUGUGUGUUGAGAGAUACUUGAAAGAAACAAGUUGGCCCGGCUGCUGGAACCAAACACUUCUUUUUGUUACCAUGUUGAUGUUAUAAUUAUUAUUGUCAGUAAGUAUAUUAAUAAUAAUAAUAAUAAUAAUAUUGUUGUUGUUGUUGUUGUUGUUGUUAAUAAUAUUUUGUUUGGCUGCAUUUGUGUUAUGUUGAUUUUUUUUUUCUUAAGAAACGUUACAAACGUUUUUAUUUUUUGCACUAUAGCGACACGUGCUCAGAUUAGCCGGAGUGAAGAGCCCCUCAGAGAGAGGACAGACUGGAGCUUCCUGUUCAGGUUA